AUGGGUUCAUCACCUUGCUGUUGCAAAAAUACUUAAGACACUAUUUAAGAAAUGAAGCUAAAACUAGAACCACGAAACAGUAAUCGUGGAAAUAUGGUGGCAGAUCUAAAAAAACCAAUUCCUUUAUAAUAAAUAAAGGCUCUUCAAGAAGAGGAUGACUUUCCAUUAUUUUUAGUUAUGGAACAAUAUGAUCGUCUAUUAACAAAAAACAAAAGAAAAUGUAAAUCUUAUUCACCUGGAGGAGAUGCAUAGACUAUUUCAAGAGAUAAUUUGACUUCUUAUUAUUUGAAGGGCAAAAACCAUCAUAAACUCUCUAAACCCUCUAAACAAACUAGAUCAUUAACUACAAAGUUAUCAACAUCUUUUUAAAGUAUAGGAAUUAAAAGCAUCUUGAAAAAAAAAGAACUUAUCAAUAAUUAAUCAUCAUAUUUUCAAUAAAUAUCAGAUGUUCAAAAAUCAGUAAAAAGUGUUCAUUUUGCUGUUGUUUUAAGUCCUAGAAAUAGCAUUAAUAGAACUUCAGAUGUUUUGAAAAAAAAAAAA